AAUUACGGAGCAAGCGGUUUGACCAGUCACACAUCAGUCGUCGUGUAGAGCUCGCGGCUGCCGGCUGACUCACACCAGUCCACUGAGCCAAGUCCACUCGCGGUCGUUCACCCUGCGCCCGCGCCGACUCGCGUACCCGCUGCCCAAUGGCUUCACACCCGCUUCUACUUCUCACAAUACUAUCGUGUCUACACCAUGCCUUCGCCCUCAACAUCCUCGCCAUCGUCUCUCUACCACUCCAAAGCCACUACAUGGCCGUUCACCCCUUAUUCCGCGAGUUAGCAGCCAAGGGUCACUCCGUCACAGUAAUGAACAACUAUCCCGACAAAAACGCGCACAAGAACAUGCAAUUCAUUGACCUCGAUCAAGACGGUAACAAUGUUGGGUACAUCACCCCCAUGGACUUUUACGAGACAUUCGAUUCGAAUUAUUUGCAUCUAUACAACUUCUUUCGGCACUUCCAGUUGAGUCCAGGGUCUACUAAAGCCGAUUGCGAAAAUUUCUUCACGAAUGAGAAUGCUAAAGCUCAUUUUGAUAAAGGAAUUAAAUAUGAUGUGAUCUUCGUGGAGAUGUUCAUGGGUGAGUGCGGCCUGGCGUACGCAGGAGCUUUGUAUGACGCUCCCAUUAUAGGUAUAACGUCUCAUGUGAUGCUGCCUUCGGCGUACCCUCGACUGGGUAUUCCCUUCAACUUCGAUUCUGAUGCCUUUUACUUCUCCAAUGGCGGGCCGAAUCCGUCCCUCUAUCAUAAAACUGAGGCGGUUAUUUUGGACUUUAUAUACAACAUGUAUGUUAAAUGGUAUAUGCAUGGUUUAAUCUAUGAGGUGUUCGAUCAGUACCUCCCGAUUAAUACCUUGGACAUGGAGAAGGUGACAAUGAAGAGGUUGAAGAUGAUGUUCGUGUACCAACAUUACUCGCUGACCGGCGCUCGUCUGCUCGCGCCGCAGGUGUUGGAGAUUGGAGGUAUACACAUAGCACAGCCCAAACCGGUGCCAGAGAGCAUUAAGAAAUUCCUCGCGGAUGCUGAACACGGCGCCAUAUAUGUGAGUUUCGGCUCAAAUCUGAAAGCAAACACUAUGACUCCGGAAAAACUACAAGAGUUUCUGAAAGCUUUCAAGAAAAUACCGCAGAAAGUAAUCUGGAAGUUCGAGAACGCAAGUUUACCGGAAGGAUACGACGAUUAUGUUUACACCGACACUUGGAUGCCACAGGUUGAUGUUUUAUGUAAUCCCAAAGUGAUAGGGUUCGUCUCACACGGUGGAAUGCUCAGCCUCUCAGAAGCAGCAUACUGCGGCAAGCCUGCCGUUGUAAUGCCGUUCUUCGGAGAUCAGUUCGGCAAUGCGGCGUCAGCGCAAGCUGUGGGACUAAGCCAAACACUUUACUUCGACCGUCUCACCGCUGAUAGUUUAGCAGAUGCCAUUGAGGAGAUAACUUCAACCAAAAUGCAAGAAAAUGCGAAGAGGAUAUCAAAGCUGUGGCAUGACCGACCAAUGCCUGCUAUGGACAGCGCCAUCUACUGGACGGAGUACGUAGCUCGACACCAAUCCGCGCCACCGUCGCUACCAUCCAAGCAAUCCGCUUGGUACGAAAAGAUCCUAUUAGAUGUCGCUAUUGUGAUAUUAAUAUUAAUCUCACCAGUACUUUUAACUAUAGCUUUUAUAAUUAAAUUCUUAAACUUAAUUAUUUCUAAAAUCUUCUUAGCACUGUUCGGUAAGAAAAAAACGAAGAAAGAUUAGUGUGGUAAUUGAAUGUGUUGAAAUUAAACCAGUAUUGGAUUGUUGUUGUUAUA